ACGCCGCCGCCGAGGUGCCCCUCCCUUGCAGGGACCCCGACGCAGCCAGCCCCUUCCUCCUUCCGAGCCGGUGCGCACAGCUUUGCGCGCGGCAGGGUGGGCGCCCCGCUGUCGCGGUCGCCGUCGCCGCCGGUCCUCCUGCCGAGCCCCGGCGCGGGGCAUGAGGAGCCCCGGGGCGCCGCCCGGAGACUACCUGGCUGCGCGCACACCUCGAGAGCGGCGGACCGGGACAUGAGCCGCGCGCGCGGGGUCCGGCGCCCGGCGGCCAGCCCCAGCUGGCGGCGGCCAGCGGAUCGGCGCUGCCCGGGAGAAUGAGGCAGGAGCCGGCGGCAGCCUUCUCUUUCUCCUCUUCCUCCUCUUCGCCUUCCUCCGGCUCAGGCACCCCGGGCCCGGGCCAGGCUGUGGCUCUGCUGCGUGCCCCGCGCGCCCCCCGCCCGCCUCCGGAUGCACUGCUCGGCUAGCCUGGGGAGGAAGAUAAAGACAUUUGCAACCAAGAUGGUAAUCACGAGUGGAAAUGAUGAAGACAGAGGAGGCCAAGAAAAAGAGAGCAAAGAAGAGAGUGUCUUGGCAAUGCUGGGGAUUAUCGGGACCAUUCUGAACCUCGUCGUCAUCAUAUUUGUAUACAUAUACACCACUCUGUGAAUGGCCCAGAGGGUCCUCAGGCCUUGGCGUGGCCAAAAGACGGGAGUCCCGUGCGUCGGCAGGUCAGUGACGGGACACUGCGCAAACAAGCAGCGUUGACCUACACACACCGUUCAAUCAAAUGUACCUUCGAACUUGAUAAAGGGUCCCCAAAAUAAACCGAUCAGACACUAAAGCACAAUGGAUCCAACAAAACUCGUUCACACAGCAAGGAACUCAACGUCGUUGGCAGGGGACCCGAAAGAACGCUUGGAAGACUCGCCUCUGACGCCGUCUGGGAGUGGAUGGGUGCAGAGACUCAUUAUCCCAGGUCGCUGACGGAUGUCACAUGUUCAAAAAGAGGAACAGGGCGGACGCAGCUC